CAACAGAACGGGCACUCUACUAUCUGCAGCUGCUCUGCGAAUGCCACUGACAAUCUUGAAUUGUUUCCUUCUAUGUCCACAGCAAUCUAGCCUCCAAGGAACUGUCAUUUUCCCUGCAGCUCCUCUUGCAGCUAUGAAAAUACUGCAGUAUUAGGUGCAUUGCGCUCAUGACGCUCAUCACAAUUGCGAGAGCUGUGCAGGCUCCAUGCUUCUAUCAGAGAUGGUGGACAGUGAGAAAGGAUGCAUGGGUUUGUGAGACUUUGAAAAGGAGUAAAAAUUAUAGUUGCUGAUUAAACUAUGGGAUGGAGACUACUGCAUUAUGGGAAGUGGACCCCCUGCUCGUAGUCACACCUGGGUGACUCAUUUCGGUCACCAUCAGUCCUUGCAAAAACUUCCGAAAAGACUGCACUGGAUGGUGAUGAGUUGCACAGUGGAAUACCUACCCGUGGUGCAAUGCACUCAGCAUGGAUACAGGUGCUCCUGGUGAGGAUGUGUACCACUGACACAAGGAACCAACAGGAAAAUACAAAAUUUUUAUAAGGCUCACACGUCUGACAACAUGCACCAUCAGUGGCUGCUGUUAGCUGCAUGCUUUUGGGUGAUAUUCAUGUUCAUGGUUGCUAGCAAGUUCAUCACACUGACUUUUAAAGACUCAGAUGUAUAUGGUGUCAAGCAAGAGCCAUUAAUGCUGACGGCUAUGACAAAAGUUGAAAAGAUACAAGUGCCAGAGGAGAAAUGUUUGCCUGAAGAAAUUCAGCCGACUGGAAAAGUUUUUUCUGAAGAUCUGAUGCACCAACCCCUGGUCCAUGUGAAAAGGAUUGAGCUUCUCAGGAAUGUGUGCAGAGAUGCAGCGUUGAGGAAUCUCUCUCAUACUACCGUUUCCAAGUUUGUCUUGGACCGAAUAUUUGUUUGUGACAAGCACAAGAUCCUGUUCUGUCAGACUCCAAAAGUGGGGAACACUCAAUGGAAAAAAGUCCUGAUUGUUUUAAAUGGAGCAUUUUCUUCCAUAGAAGAGAUCCCAGAGAACAUAGUACAUGACCAUGAGAAGAACGGACUUCCACGCUUAUCCUCCUUCAGUGACUCUGAAAUUCAAAAACGACUGAGUUUAUACUUCAAGUUUUUUAUUGUAAGAGAUCCAUUUGAAAGACUUAUUUCUGCAUUUAAGGAUAAGUUUGUCCACAAUCCUCGAUUUGAACCUUGGUACAGGCAUGAAAUUGCUCCUGGCAUUAUUCGGAAAUACAGGAAGAAUCGCACAGAGAUCAGGGGGCUGCAGUUUGAGGACUUUGUGCGCUAUUUGGGGGACCCUAACCACCGAUGGCUAGAUGUUCAGUUUGGUGAUCACAUAAUUCAUUGGGUAACAUACGUGGAACUUUGUGCCCCAUGUGAAAUAACGUAUAGUGUGGUUGGACACCAUGAAACCCUGGAGGAUGAUGCUCCAUAUAUCUUGAAAGAAGCAGGAAUAGACCAUCUGGUAUCAUAUCCCACAAUUCCACCAGGAAUAACGGUAUACAACAAAACAAAGGUAGAGCGUUAUUUCUCAGGAAUUAGCAAGAGAGAUAUAAGACGCCUAUAUGCCCGCUUCGAAGGAGACUUUAAACUCUUUGGAUAUCGGCAACCCGAUUUCUUGCUAAACUGAUGCCUAGAAACUGUGAAGACAUGUCUAUCAGAUUGAACUAAAGCAUAUGAAUACCAGCUGCAGCACUGACAGAAUUGAAAUUGACAAUACUGUGCCAUUGUUUUCUAAUGUUGCUCCAUUUUUCAGUGGAAUGUUUGUCACAAGAACAAUUAGAGGUUCCUAACUGUUAGCCACUGACCAUGUUUUCAACAUAUGACAUUGCAAUCUUCUAUUGUGAAUGAAAUCCGUCUCAUCCAAUGUAAGGGGACCUGAUGCUUAUAUAAAGAAAUGUGGAGUCUCUCAUGGGCUAUGAAAACUAGAGGCUGACAUAGGACCAAAAACUGAUGAUGUGCUAGACAAGCAAAAGAUGUCCAGAGUCUGCUGUGUGGCUGCUAUAAUCAUUGUGCUGAGCUAAUGCUGUUUUUUGCGAUACACAUAAAAUGAGUCUAACUUGACAGAAGCUUCAGUCCUAUCCAAAAAGGGCAAAUUCCAGAGGCCAUUUGUUUUUAUUUUGUGUCAUGGCGUUAUCUGUACUUACUACUGGUCCAUCAGGCCACAUAGUUGUUCAUUUUUUAAUUGUUAACUUCCAAGUUUGUAUGUUGUCUGAAAACUUGAGGUGGAGCAUAGAUCCCAACAAGAAACUCGGAAGGACUGUUGGAGAGACUUUGAGGAAAACUAAUUAAAAAGUAAAGAUAAAUUGUAUUUGCAAGAGCAAAUAUAGAAGCCAAGACCUGCUUUCUAAAUACUGUGCAUUUUAACAUUGUUUAUUUUCUAAUGUUUCAGGCUGUUACAAAUAUUAAAUAAGCCAUGAAAACAAGAAAACAUAUGAAAAUAAAAGUUGCCAUAAUUAUUUGGACCAAUGGUCCAGCCACUCCAGUAUCUUGCUUCCAGCAGUGAUCAGUACCUGAUGCUUCAGAGAAAAACAAAUACCCUCCCAAAAUGUACCUUCCCAAUUCUAAAUGGAUAGAUUCUUUCUUGAUUCUUCCCGGUGAUCAGUUGGCAUAAUGCCCUAAAUCAAAGGUUCCCAAACUUUAUGCCACCAGCUUUGGCAGCUUGCCAGGAGUUCAAGAGCUACACUUGUGUAUAAAUUUUAAAAGUAAAUUAAAUUAACACAACCAUAGUAUUUGCCUGUGCGUGCACUUUUCCUGUUUGAUUAUGAGAAGUCUUUUUGUUUUUUAGUUCACCGGCAAUAAAAACCUGUGGUUGAUCAGCAUUGCCCCCACCCUGCAGUAAGUGGCAGAGGGAAGACCACAGCUGCACUUUAGGAUUCGCAGAGUCAUAUUUGGCUGCCAACAUGCAUUUUUGGCAUCUCCCCUAAAGGAUGAAUUUUGAAUAUAAUAGUUUCUCAACUUCCAUAGCUAGAAUCCUUAACAAUGGCGAUAAAGUUAUGAAAUCUCUCAUUCUAAAUCCAGCCACAGUAUUUGUCUGGAUAGCCUUCUCUGGCGAGACAAAGAAAGUCUCUUACCCCUGUGAACUUAAAAAAGGAAAACCAGUGCCAAAUUGGACAUGGGCUGCUGUCUGCAAAAAGGAAAUCCUUUAGUAGCUGGAUGUGAUUCCAGAAGCAUAUUGACAAACUGAUUGGUACGAGGGAGAAUUGUUACUGGGCAUUGUUUACAAAAGAGCAGUCUAAGAUGGCAAAGCUUGAAGUGCUUUUGUUUUUCUUGAAAAAGCAGCAGUUACAGUGUCUUAGAUUUGUUACUUAACUGGUAAUUAAAGGAUGCAACAGCUCAGUUAUUUUUAUAUAAAGUCCAUAGAAAAGUAUAGCGUUAAAUGCAUUUCAGAGCUAAUGAGCUGAUUACCUCUCUACUGUAUUAAAAUGUAAUUGUGAAUAAUGUAUAGUGAAUUAAGGCCUUAAAGUUUAGUCCUAAUAAAGGUGAAGUAGAAUUUUUCUCUCUCAAGCAAAAGAUACUGAUCACAUAACUGUGUCUGGUUUUAUUCUUCUUAGCAUAGGGUUUUGGUACUAGAGUUCCAAUGCAGUGACCUACUAAAUUCAAUUAAAUUACUAUUCUGUGACUUUUUCUAAUGGUUCCAUACUACUAGCUCUGUGCUCCUACACUUUACAGUCUGGAAUUGG